AUGCAAAACCCAAAUAUAGUCCUGUACGCCCCUCACACCGCCAAACUCGAAGAUAGACCUAUCCCGACACUUUCUUCGCCUCACGAUGUCGUUAUUAGGAUAAAUUAUGUUGGUGUUUGUGGUAGUGAUGUCCACUUCUGGCACCACGCCUCCCUGGGCCCCCCCAUCAACCCCCUCACAGGCAUAACAAUGGGCCACGAAGCCUCGGGCACCAUCCACUCCGUCGGCCCCGGCGUAACCCGCGUCGCACCGGGCGACCGCGUUGCCCUCGAACCCGGUGCCCCCUGUCGCCUGUGCCUCGCUUGCAAGUCCGGGUCCUAUAAUUUGUGUCGCAAGAUGCGGUUUGCGGCGGCGCCGGGGGAGGAGACGGAUACGCAGGGGACGCUGUGUAAAUUCUACGUGUUGCCUGAGGAUUUGGUGUACAAGGUUCCUGAGGGGUUAGGGCUGGAUGAGGCGGUGUUGGUGGAGCCGUUGGCGGUUGGGGUGCAUAGUGUUAGGUUGGGCGAUGUGAGGGCUGGAGAGACGGUGGUGGUGAUGGGGGGUGGUACCGUCGGGUUGCUUUGUGCGGCUGUUGCGAAGCAAUUUGGUGCGAUGCGGGUUAUUGUUGUGGAUGUUGUGGAGAGGAAGUUGGAGUUUGCGAGGGGGUAUUUGGGGUGUGAGACGUUUCUUGCAAAGGGGGAGGAGAGCGCGGAGGAGAGUAAGGAGAGGUUGUUCAAGACGUUUGGGUUGGGGGAGGAGAGCGUGGAUACGGUUAUUGAGGUUUCGGGUGCCGCGAAGAGUAUUGAGUCGGGAAUUUUGGUGCUGAAGCCGGGAGGAAAGUUUGUGCAGACGGGGUUGGGAAAGGCGAAGGUGGAGUUUCCGAUUGUGGUGAUGUCGCAGAAGGAACUGAUGGUUAGGGGUUGUUUUCGGUAUGGGCCUGGUGACUAUGACUUGGCGAUUCAGCUAUUGGAAAAGAGGCUGGUCGAUGUAAAGCCACUUAUCAGUUCGGUGACUCCGUUUGAGCAGGCGACGGAAGCGUGGGAGAAGACGUCAAGGGGUGAAGGCAUCAAGAACCUCAUCCAAGGUGUGGUUUAG